AUGCAAAUAAACAUAUACCUUGACAACAUAAACUCCUCAUUUAAAUGGUCUUUACUACCGCCGACGGAGAUUGUUGCAUCUACUCACGACUCCUUAGCCAGAAGUUUUAACCACCUGCUUACUAGCGUGCAGGGAAUAAAAAUCGCCUACGACUUUGCUGUUUGUAGUGGGUGA